UCUACAGUGAUUGAACGAAGUCUUUUAGAUUUGUUAUAGUCGCACUUCGUCAUUUUCAUCUUAGGUGUGCACUGUGUAUUAGUUGCGUAAUAUAUAUAUAUUUUUAAAAAUCGCCAAAAUGAAUUCUCAAAUUCGUCAGAACUAUCACCGCGACUGCGAGGACGCUAUUAACAGGACGAUUAACAUGAAACUUUAUGCGUCCUACACAUACACUUCGAUGGCCUUCUACUUCUCUCGCGAUGACAUCGCCCUCGAGGGUUUCUCCCAUUUCUUCAAGGAGAAGCGCCACGAGGAACGUGAGCACGCGGAGAAGUUGAUGUCCUUCCAGAACAAGAGGGGCGGCCAAAUUUCCCUUCAGGACGUCAAGAAACCUGAACGUAAUGAGUGGGGCACUGGCCUGGAGGCUAUGCAGUGUGCUCUGCAGCUGGAGAAGAAGGUGAACCAGGCCCUGCUGGACCUGCACAAGAUCACCACCGAGAAGGCUGACCCUCAUCUGUGUGACUUCCUGGAGUCCGAGUACCUGAAUGAGCAGGUGGAGAUGAUCAAGAAGUUGGGUGACCACAUCACCAACCUCAGCAAGAUGGACGCUGGCAACAACAGGAUGGCCGAGUACCUGUUUGACAAGCACACCCUGGGCAGCAAGAGCUAAAUCCAUUGCAUUACUUGUUUCAUGACAUGUAUAUCAAACAUGUUUACAAAUUCUAUAUCUAAAUUAAAUAUACCUCUCAUACUUUUAGUUUUGAAUUAGAAGUUGGACAGUAGAAACAAGACCCCACAUAUUUUGUGACCAUUAGCCUUGCUUUUUCUCUUCAGUCAUUUAUCACUUUGUGCAGACAGCUGUUUUCUGAAUGUGAACACUAGAAUUAAGACAAAUUAAUCUGAUUAAGAUCAAUCUGAUUAAUAAACCUUUUGUGGUGGAUGGAUAUCUGAUUCAGAUUUUUUUUUUUUUUGUACUCACUGCAGCAAUUCCAAAACUUCAUGCU